AUGCGUAUAAUUGAUCAAGCCGAAAAAAAGGGAAACAAACUUGUCCGCAUCAACUCUUCGAAAAUGAGCGCCAAGGCUAAUGAUGCGGCUCUACAAAUGAAUCUCAAGGAGCAGCUUGCGUGGGCUGAAACAGCGUCUACGAACACGUUACAGCAGUGUCUUAAUUCACAUGUAAUUGGAGCAUAUCUCGACAGUCAUAAGUCCAGAAAACUUGCCACGGACAAUGACAUUGCAAACAAAGAAAAUUGUUUAGAGACAAUUCAGCGUGGUCGAGAAGCACUGCAAAAGUUUCAGGCUUUACGAGCGCGAUCGAAUGCUCCAACAAAACUUAAUGUCGUUCCGACGCCCCGAAUUGCACUUGGUACAGUGAUGGAGAAUGUGCCGCGAGCUUUGGCUUCUGGCAAUUAUCAAUCAAAUUGUCUAAUGGAACCGAGAGGUCUCUCAACAGAAUUUCAAUCUGCAGCAACAGUGUGUAACACUGUCAAUUUAGCGCAGGCGACCUUGUCGACGCCAAUCAAAAACCCGGCAAAUCAAAGAUACGAAUCUAGUGGAACAAAGAGACAAGUAUAUUCCACAGGACGACAGACAUUGUCUACAAGAGUGGAAGAUGAUGGUGAUAGCGUGUUUAAUGAUGUGGAUGUAGAUGCACUAAUUGCAAAGCAUCAGCGUUCACAACAACAAAAGUGUCAUGCUACUCCACAGUUUUCACCAACGCAAGAGGAAAAUCCUAUAUCUCCUCCGUCUUCACAGACUAAUGGCUCUCAGGAGGUUGCAAGUGCUAAAAUAGUUGAUGAUGUACGUCAAUUAAUCAAGCAGACACGAGAGAAUCUUCGCAGAGUACGUGAGGAGUGCGAUGAUGCAUCACUCGAGGGAGAAGUACCAGAUUUUAUGCAAAAACGUCGAAUAGAGCUUGAACAGGAAUUGGAAAAAUUAAGUAGACGAUAUCGGGAAUGCAAAGGUAUAGCAACAGCAACUUCGCAUUGUGGAAAUGCGUCAUCUGUGCAACCGGUGAAAAUCAAUUCGAGUCAAAAUAAUCCAACAUGUUCUUGUGGAAUGCUCACUGUGGAAGCCCGAGUGCAGCAUGGAGCAAAUGCGAAUCGGCUUUAUUAUCGAUGUAGUACAUGCGGAUUUUUCUCCUGGGUGGACUCCACUUUAAGUUCAGGCGGUGACAGCUCUACCGUUCUUAAUAACGAAACUUGCGUGCGUGUUAUUGACAAGCCAUGUGUAUCUAAUGAUCCAUCUGUAAACGCUAAAAUGCAGCGUGCUAAGCGAUUACUUCGCGAUGUAUUUGGUCAUAACUCGUUUCGACCCAAUCAGGAACGCACAGUCAUGGAGGCUUUUAGUGGACGUGACGUAUUUGUAUUGAUGCCAACUGGAGGUGGCAAGAGUCUUUGCUUCCAACUGCCCGCCUGUAUUGAUGACGGUGUUACGAUUGUCAUAUCUCCCUUGGUGUCGCUCAUUCAAGAUCAGGUUCAGCAGCUAGAGGCAUUGGACGUCGGUGUUGCAAAUUUAAAAGGUGAUCAAGACUACGCGACUGAGCAACGGCCCAUAAUUACAGAACUUUUUUCUAAUCAUAGUCGAAUCAAAAUGCUAUAUGUGACCCCCGAGAAAAUUGCAUCAAGCAACAUGCUCAACAAUUUGUUUGAAUCGCUUGAGAAGCGCGGAUUGUUGGCUCGAUUUGUGAUCGACGAAGCGCACUGCAUCAGUCAAUGGGGUCACGAUUUUCGAAAAGACUAUUUAAAUUUGGGUACCCUUCGAGCAAAAUUUUCAUCGGUCCCAAUUAUGGCUUUGACUGCAACAGCUAAUACACAAACAGAGGCAGAUAUUGUCAAAAACUUAAAAUUGAGAAAUCCGUUUGUCACACGAUCAAGUUUCAAUCGGCCUAAUUUAACCUACGAUGUGCGUAGAAAGACGUCCAAAUUUAUGAAUGAGAUUGCAGACUAUGUUCGAAAGCACAUCGACGAUUCAGGAAUCAUCUACUGUUUAUCGAAGAAAGAUUGCGAACAAACAGCAGAAAAACUGAUCAAGGCCUUGGGUUUUGAGCAAACUCGAAAAGCAAAUCAAAUAUCUUUUUAUCAUGCGGGACUUGAACCGGAAGAUCGCGCUUACCGCCAUCACGAAUGGAGCAAAGGAAGUAUCAAGCUCAUUUGCGCUACUGUAGCCUUUGGAAUGGGAAUUAACAAGCCUGACGUGCGAUACGUUAUCCAUCAUACCAUCCCUCAAUCUGUGACGCAUUACUAUCAGGAAGCUGGUCGAGCGGGACGCGAUGGAGAAGUGGCUAAUUGCAUUCUUUACUAUUCCUUCAUGGAUUUGACUCGACGACGUAAACUGAUCACAAAAGAUCGCGACAACAUUCAACAUCGUAAUGUGCACCUGCAGAACCUUCGACGCAUGACCCAAUUCUGUGAGAACCAGGUGGAGUGCCGUCGAACAUCUCUCCUGGAGUAUUUUGGUGAGCACUUUUUGGAUGAACAAUGUCACGGAACUUGCGAUAAUUGUAAGAACAAGGCGCUGGGAAUUACGUUUGAAAAGACGGAUGUGACAGAUGACUGCUUGGCUCUCGUUAAAAUGGUUAAAACUCUUGAAGAAAGCAAUGAUCCGACGACGCUCGUUCAAAUUGCUCAUAUUUAUCUCGGUAUGGUGGUCAAAGGUAGAGAGUGGAAGCAGUACCAGAUGGCGCAACUCGAGGGGUUCGGAAAAGGAAAAGGACGCUACUCUCGUAGCGAAGCAGAGCGCAUUUUGUAUCACAUGAUUCUUCGGCAGUAUCUGUGUGAAAAGGAUCAAACGAAUGUCAAAGGCUUUACAACGACAUUCUUGUCUCCGGGACAGAAUGCUAAUCGACUUAUGCGUGGUGAGCGAGUUCGAAUUGUAUGCAAGACGAAGUACCAAGCGCGUGCAUCUGUUAGUGAUGGUGUCCCACAAGAGAGUGCCAAUUCUUCGAGAAAAAAGGCCCCUAAAAAACCUGCUUCCAAAAAAUCUGAAUCAAAAACAUCUACUCAAAAGAAAAGAUCAAAAAAAUUGAGUGCAAAGAACGUGGUCGAAGAUUUGAGUGAUAGCUGCGAUGACGAUGUCGUGGAAGUCGUCGCGCCACCCUUGACAAGUACAGAGUAUCCACUUAUUCCAGAACGCGUAUCUUCGAAAAGAAUUCCCGAAAACCACGUCGAAGCGCUAGCUCAGAUCCUAAAAGAUUGGCGUGCAAGCGUGUGUGACAGCCAGAAUCUCAUGCCAUACCAUAUCCUUACAACUGGCGGUAUUGCUUCAAUCGCCAAUUCGGUCCCAGUGUCAAACGCAGAGCUGCUAGAAAUUGAUGGCGUUGGACGCAUUCGAGUGAAGAAGUAUGGGUCAGCGAUCAUAGAAAUUGUCAAGACAUAUUUAGAAAAGAACAACUUGACUCCAUUACCAGUGCAAUCAGGGCGCCCAAACAACGCGCUUGGCUUGGAACAAUUUGAUUCUGACGUCGAGAUUGUCGAAGCACCUGCAGCAUCCAAAUCAUCACCAUUUUUUCAAGAAAAGAAUAAAUUGAAAGCUACAGUGUCAACAAGACCGAAUACAAGCGUUAAACAUCCUGUCAUCGAUAAUGACGUCGAUGACAUCGAUUGGAAUGCAUUGGAUGCCGAUAUUUUAAAUCAAACGAGCUCAGUAAGUGCAUUGAAUAAUCGUAAACGUUCGUUAGACCAUUCAACGUCUACGUGGGAUGCAAAGAAGCGAAGUAACGUAUCGUAA